AUGCUAUUUAUUGCCACCUGCCGUGGGGUCUGGUCUGCAAUUGAGCAACCGGUCUCCAGCACACUCAAGUGGGUGCCGCAUUUUGUGCAUCUCCGGAACCUCCUGCUGGCGUGUGACGGCGAGCUGUGGAAGUACUGCAACUUCUGGAUGGGAUUAUACGGUCACGAGAAUGCAAAGCCCAGCUACUGCAUCGGGUCAUCGCGAUGGCUCAUGAAGCUGAAGAACAAGAUGACGCGACAGAAGCGUGCCAAAUUCAACUCUGCAGCCAAGAAGGUUGUGACGAGGCGGAAGCGUGCUGAUGGAACAGUUGCAGUAACUGGCACCAAGCAUCUCACCGAGACGCAAGUCUAUCCCGAAGGGUUUGCCAAAGCAGUUGCCAAGCUUCACUUGCAAGAUACCACAAGGGUUUCUCAUCCACCCGGGCUAACGCUUGAGGGCAUCCUGAAUGCUCAGUUGGAAGCUACUCUGCACUAUAAUAAGACAGUUGUUGGGUCUUAUGUUGGUUGUCAUAAAUAG